AUGAUAAUGGAAGAAAAGAAAGGGGAUGAAGAUAUGGAGGGUGUAGAAAAUGAUAGAAAUAAAUUAGAGGAUGGUAGUUCAAUGGAAAAAAAUAAUACAAUAUCAUCUGAAGAAGAUAAUUAUACAAAUAUAGAUGAUAAUAUUAAUAUAAAUAAAAUAGUUGCAAUCAUGUCAAUUAAAGAACCUGAAACAUUAACAAAAAUAUUUAAUCUUAUGAAAGCAAAUAAUUGUUUAAAUUAUUAUCCAUUACUUACACCAUAUCAUAAUAUAGAAAAAUUAGUAAACAUGUUACUUGAAGAAAAUUAUGAGUAUGAAAACACAUGGUGUGUUCAUUAUCAUGCUAGUUUUAUAUGCAGAUUAUUUUAUGAAGGUUUUAUACCUGUAGCUAGUAAACAGAAAGUUCAAAUUAUAGAAAACCAUGAACCUAAAAUAUAUAAAGAAUAUUUAUUAAUACCUAAAAUACAUUUUAUACGAUCUUGUAUGCAUCCUAGUGAAAUACAUAUAUCAAAAAAAGUUAAAAAAAAAUGUAAACAAUUUUAUAUUACUAUUAAUAAAGAUUUUGAUGGAGUAGUUAAAGGGAUUGUAGAAAAACAUGGACAAAAUUGGCUAUAUCCAUUUAUACAAGAAGAAUUUAAAAAAAUAUUUGAAAAAAAAGUUAAUUAUAAAAAUGUACAAAUGCAUUCUGUAGAGUUAUGGUAUGAAGAUGAAUUAGUUGCUGGAGAAUUAGGAAAUACAGUUGGCUCGAUUUAUACAAGUUUAACUGGCUUUCAAAGAAAAAGUUCAGCAGGUACUAUACAAUUAUGUGCCUUAGCAAAAUUAUUAGAACAUCAAAAAUUUCAAUUAUGGGAUCUAGGAAUGUUAUUACCUUAUAAAAAAGAAAUCGGAUCUAAAGAAAUAUCAAUGAAAGAAUUUUUUGAACGACACAGAAAAUUCAAAUAUAUAGACUCCGAAUUUAAAGUUCCUUUUAUGGAUAAACUUAAUUGUGCAGUGUUAAUACGUGGUCUCGACCCAUCCGACCCAACUAUACAACCUAAUCUAACAUAA